AUGAAUUCCAAAGUUGUCCUACAGCAGUGGCUCGAUGCCCAGUGUGCCAGGGACUGGGAACUGGGUACCUCGUUAUUAAGCGCUCACGUAGUUAUCAAUGGACAAGAACUGUCGGCAAGCGAAUACAUUCAUCACCUACAAUCUCUCACAGCCAACACAGUCAAUUGGACAGCAUCAAUUGACCUGCUCAUACAAGACGACGAUGACGCCAAACUUGCAGCGAGAGUGACCCAUUCCACGAGUUCAGACGACGUCGUGCCUCCAAGAACCUCUUGGGUCGAACAUCUAUUUCUGUGGACAUCACGAGGGAAGAUGAGCAAGCUUAUCAGUCUGAAUGACAGACAAUACCUGAACGAGCAGGCUACAACCGUCGCUUCUACACCGGCCGCGAGCCAAAAUACAGUCAAUGAAAGCAAAAACUCCCUGGGAAGUUUGUACACCGAAUACAUCGAUACCAUCAACACUCUUACAAUGGGCGACAAUCUAGACAAAUACUGUCACCCGGUUGUUACGCACAACGACCACACCUACUCCAUCGAUGAGUACAGAAUGAUGAUUGAGUCUAGCUUUGACGAUAUAAAAGGUCUUCGCUUUGCGAUUAAUGACUUUGUGAUAGAUAGCAAAUCUCAGUACAUCGGUGCACUCUUGGCAUUCACAGGCACUCCCGUCAAAGCAUUUAGAGGUAUUCUUCCCACAGGCAGGGAUGUACAGUUCAGUGAGCACGCCUUUUACAGGCUUCGAGAUGGGAAAAUUGAACAAGUUUGGUCUCUACUGGAUCUUGAAUCGUUCAAAAGAAGUAUUACGGGGUAG